ACGGGAGUUAGGUCAAACUCCAUUCACGGCAGCAAUACAGUCCUAACAUACUGCAUACUACAAACCACAUCUCGACCAAUCCCCGCACCACUCCUCUUGGAGUCUACCAGAGCUAAAGCAGUUGAGUGGCGGGACUUACUACGCAGAAGCUCACCGAAGAUCUGGGACCUCUACCUCACAAUCAAGAAGCGAGCUCAAAGAAAUCACUGGUUUAUACUAGCUCGUAAUCAGGAUAUUGGAUAUUGAAGCUAUCAGUGAAUAUUUAAAAAUGAUGCGUUACUGUUAGUUGAUUGGUUACGUUCUAUCUGUGAGGGGGAAAUAUUGAUAAAACCAUGAUUUUCAUUUACUCGCAACAUUGAUAACUGUUGUUUUUUGAGUUAAAAUGUCGUGCAAGGAAGCUUCUCCGGUUACAAGAAGUGGUCUUAUAAGUACUAGUGAUAUACUCGGUUCUGGAAAGAAGUUCACAUGGGUUAGCAGGUAAAUCUAAACAUUGUUUGCCGCUGUUUCCACUGCUUUGUUCAUUGGAGACAAUGCCUCCCAUCGAAAAUGGUGAAAAAUGAUUUUAGCGUAUGGGCUUUUGUGAAACAGUGUAUCGGAAAGGAAUUGUCUAAAAUUACAAUGCCAAUAGUACUGAAUGAGCCGCUAAGCUUUCUACAACGAAUCGCUGAAUAUAUGGAGUAUUCUGAAUUAUUAGACGAGGCAGUUAAAGAAAGUGAUCCUGUUAAACGCAUGGAGUAUGUUUGCGCUUUUGCUGUCUCCAGUAUGUCAUCAAAUGCAAAUCGUAUUGGUAAACCGUUCAAUCCAUUAUUAGGCGAAACAUAUGAACUACAUUAUAAUAAUUUUGUAUUCGUUGCAGAACAAGUUUCUCAUCAUCCACCGAUUACAGCUUUUCAUGUAGAAUCAGAAAAUUAUCAUCUACGUGCUACUGUACAGUUUAAAAUCCGUUUUUGGGGUAAAUCAAUCGAUGUUCAACCGAAAGGUUUAGUCACAUUAGAAUUAUUCAAUUAUAAUGAAACGUAUACAUGGCAAAAUGUUAAUUUAACACUACACAAUGUAUUAAUGGGUAAAAUAUGGAUGGAACAAACUGGUUCGUUACGGAUUACAAAUCAUACGUUAGGCAUUUAUAGUCAGUUAGAAUUUCUACCAGCUAAUUGGCUCGGUCAAGGAGCUAAUCGGUUCGCAGGGGAAUUAUACGCUCCAGCAUCUUUAAACAAUACAGUGAUCAGAUCGGCUUCGUCGAAUUCUUCAUCAAGUGUUAACACGGCUAACCCUAGCAAGUCUAAUUCACAUGUAUUGGAACGUGUAAUUUUUGGCAAUUGGUGUCGAGGUCUAUUCACUGUUGAACCGAAAAUAUGGAAUGAAAGAGAAGAAGUGAAUGGGAAAGGUAAUCCUACUGAGGCAGUUGUUAAUAAUCCGGAGUUGACUGAUACACCAGAGUAUGGAUUUGAACUGCCAUUAACUGGUCAGUGUUGUCUAUGGCGUGCACGACCAAAACCAUCUGAUUCAUCUGACUACUAUAGUUUUACACAGUAUACAAUUGGUUUGAAUGAGUUAAACUCUACUGUGAAUCCAUCAGCUGAUGAUGUCACUACUACUGAUCACAGUAAUCAUGACUUUGAAGUGAAUACCAAUGGUAAUAUGUUGAAUUGUGUGACGAGUGAAAUCCCGUCAAGAAAAAAUUCCAUCUAUGGGAAAUUUUUACCACCUACAGAUUCAAGAUAUCGACCAGAUUUACGCUUAUUUGAAAUGGGUAAAAUUGAUGAAGCAGCUUCUGAAAAACUUCGUUUAGAAGAAAAACAACGUCAUGUACGUAAAUUGUCAAAUCAACGGAAAAACAGCGGUGGUGGUGUUUUCAACUGGAGCUUAUCAACAACUAAUCAUAAAACAACUGGUAGAGAUUCAUGUCCGAUUACAUCAGAUUCUAAGGAAAGAGUUAGUGGUGCUACUACAACCACUACUAAUAGUGGUAGUGGUGGAGGUGUUCGAACAUGUAAUCCUUUUCGUAGAACAGUUUCAACUAACUCAACUGUCAAUUCUUCUUUGGUGACGAAUAAUAACCUACCUAAAGAUGUUAAUUCAAUUGUUGUUGGGCCUAUAUGGUUUAUUGAAUCAGUUAAUCCGUUUACUAAACAAGAAGAAUGGAUAUUUACUGGAGAAUAUUGGAAAAGAGAUUGGAGAAAAUGUCCAGAUUUGUAUUAAUUCAGGUCUAUUUUGUUCUUCUUUUUUGAUUAGAUUAUACCAAUACUUAUACACACACACACACACAAGUUAUCUGACAUCUGUUCAUUUAGUUCGACGCUUUUUCUCACUUGUUGUAAUUAUUGUAUUUUAAUUUAGAUGAAUAAAAUUCAGUAUUUGGAUUCUGUAAACAUGACAGCUGAACACUGUCAAGUUAGGCUUCUCUAUUUUUAAAUCUUUAUUUACGAUUAUUAAACAAGCAGAUAUGGAACACUUCAUAAUUAUUUCGAUUCAUCCACUCUCUCUUUCUCUCUCUGCCACUCUGCCGGCCUGUAUCUCGGAGAUUAUUUUUGCAUUAAGUAGCAUUUAUUACUAAUGCUUAACUCAUCUUUCCCAUCCCGCUUACUUUAACACUCACACAGACACAGAGGAAAACACAAAUCAAACAUUUAUUUAUCUUAUUUGACUCUAUUUUCGUUUUGAUAUAUUAAAACAAAUUAAACAAAUAUGUGAACUUAUUUUGAAGUAUCCACUUAUCUCUAUUUUCUCUCUCUCUCUCUCUCUCUUACAAAUACCACCAUCAUCAUCAUCAACUUUUUCGUUAUUCAUUUCAACGUCUUACUUUUUUCGACAACAUUCGAUUUCCCUGUGAUACAAUAGUCAUUUUUUUCAAUUCGCUAUCAAAUUUUGGCUUAUCACGGACAUGUCAUUCUCACACACGUACAAAUACACACAUACACACACAAUUACAGAAAUACAGCGAGAAUCGAUAAUC